AUGUCGAGCCAUGUUGUUAUUUUAUCAAAUGCACGAAGAUAUACAAUUAAAACAAAUCCCACACAGCUUAUUAAUGACCUUCUUCUUGAAGGCUGUAAAAAAGCAGGACAAUUAGAUCCACAAGAGUAUACUUUAAAAUAUGGUUCCUCUGUUCUUGAUCUAUCUUUACCAAUUCGACUUGCUCGACUUCCGGCAGGUGCUAAAUUAAUGUUAAUAAAACGAGAAUGCGGAAAAAAUGACAUUAAAGUUGCUCUUCAAAUAACUAAUUUGGCUAAACGACUAACAUCAUCUUUUUCUUCUCAAACCACUCUUUGGGAUAUUCUUUGCCAAUUUGAAGAAAUGGAAAAUCCACCAAUCAAUAUAACAAAGCGUUCGUUUGAAGUCAUGUCUGAUAACCGACUAGAUCGCUAUUAUGAAACUCCAGUUGUUCGUGUUAUAAAUAAAGAGUUUAGUGAGCCAAAUGUCUUAAAAAACAUAACCUUGUCUUCCCAAGGUAUUAUUGAAGGAAAUGUAGUAAUUCAAGUCAAAUUUGUAAAGACGCAAAUAUACUUUGAUCAAAUGAUAAAAUUAUUACCAAAAAAAGAAGAAAUAGUUGAAGAGAAUAAAAAAAUCCUAGAGAAGUUACCUAUAUUUGAAAAGCAUACAGAACAAAUAAAAUACAAAGAAUCACUCGAAAUACAGCCUCAAACAUCAAAAAAUAUCCCAUUUGAGCAGACAAAUAACCAACUAAUUUCUGAACGUAAAAUGCUAAUUUUAUCAGCGCCAAUCUCUUCAAGUCUUUAUAUUUCUAAAGUCAAUACAAAUGAAGAAGAUUACGAAAUAACACAUGAAACUGCAAUAUCUUAUCAAAAUAUGCUUUCUGCUAAAGCUAAGGGAUACCGAAAUCAACUGCUAAAUGUUCAGAAAAAAUUAGAACAAGAAAAUAUCCUUAAAAAAUAUGAAGUCAAGUUCAAACUUCCAGAUGGAAUGCAGGUUAUAGGCACUUUUCAUGGAAAUGAAAAUGGUACGUCUUUCAGAAAAAUACCAACACUAACAUUCCAAGUUCAAGCUUUAUAUGAUUUCAUAAAGCAUCUUAUGCAUUAUUCAGAAGAGCCAUUUUGUUUAUAUAUUACACCUCCUCCCAAAUAUCUAUUAAACAUGAAAGUAACGUUAGCCUCUGACCCUAAUUUUUCAAUCAAGACUACUGUUAUUUUCAAAUGGGAAAAGACUGCACAGCCAUAUGUCAAAACACACAACAUUCUUAAAAAUGUAUAUUUAGACAUGCAAAAAGAUAUAUCUACAGUAAUUGAAUAUCAAGAAGAUAAAGAGGACAAAGAAGAAGACAUUCUAUCAACACUUUCAACAUUUCAGCCUUCUCCAUCUCAACAUAAAUCCAACUCCAAGAAAAUACCAAAAUGGCUAAAGCUUUCAAAAUAG